UGUGUUAUAGUUGGUGGUUUGUUUCGAAACAGAAUCUGUGUUAUUUCUGUUGUUAUAUAUUCAUGCGUUCUGUUUCGGCGAAAGUAAGGAGGAAAAGUUUCUUGUUCCCGAGUGUUUCAAGGACGGAAGAGGUCCAGUCUUACUACACGAAGCGGAUACAAGAGUCGAAAACAAUCGAACGUGUAGAUCGGUCUGUCAAUACAGAAUAACCAGAAACGAUGGAUCAGGGAUUUCCAGGGCAGCAUACCACCACAACAACGGUGACAACGACGACCACCACUACACAACCUACUAUUCGAUUUGACCCAUCUUAUACAAGAACGUUGCCCGGCAUGCUUAAGGUCGCCCAAGUGGUCUUGAAUCUUUUGGGAUUCAUAUGUAUUACCGUAUCGAGCCAAAGCAACUCCAGCCGCGGAGGAUGGUUUAAUACAGUGGCCAUGGGUGGAUUUUGGUUUACAGGCAUAUUGCUCGUGUUUUACCUGUUUCACAUCAUCGAAAAGUUUUCGAAAAUUCCCUGGCUGAAAGUUGAAUUUAUAUUUUGCGUGAUUUGGACAGUCUUCUAUUUGCUGGCUGCUUCCCUCGCAGCGGACUUCGCUAAACACGUAGAAGCUUUCGGAGUCGCAGCGUUCUUUGGAUUCUGUGCGAUGGUAGCUUAUGGUUAUGACGCCUGGUUGAAGUUCCACGCGGCAAGGAGCGGUGCCUUAGCGCAGGGCCAACACACCCCUAAACAGGUCUCCACAGUGACGAGUCCUGCGUAUUAAGUUCAGUCUGAACAAAUUUAUGGACUUUUUUUUGAGACAUAUCGUUACUUCUGUGCAUUGGAUUUAUCUGGAUAGAUCCAGCAUGGCUCUCGUACGUUCUUGGUUGUACCGCUCGAACGUAACGCACUAUACAAGUAUUGGGCACAACGGAUUUGUGAAUCUCAUUGAUUUCGUUAUUUUUCCUUUGUUUUUAUUAAGUGUACGUAUACAGUUUGCAUACGUACACAUGUCGUCAUUCCCAAUGGUAAUGUUGCGAAAACAUAAUUUUUCAGGAGAGAAAGAAGAAAACCUCUUUGUCGAUUAAUGCAAAAUCACUUUGCACUGAUUUUAUCCACCACUUUCCACUGAUUUCAAUCACAAACUAUUAAUAUUUACUUUUUGGCUUUUUUAAGCGCACAGUGAGAAACUAAGUUAAAUGAAUAGUGAGACACAAGAUUAUGCAAAUAGCUCAGAUUCCCAAAUACUGCAGUUUCACAACUUCGCCAUUGGAAUGACAAUGUACGAUGUCAUACCAACACGAUAUUCGAUACCUUCGUAUCUUUGUAAUAUAAACUAAGA